UUAUCGAUCUCCGUGUGACACUUAUAACGGCGUCAAGAGCAAUUCAGGUAUUUGUUCAUAGUCUGUGAAUGCUUUAUUGGUAUAUGGACGCGGAUUAGACUUGACAUUCUGCAAAGCGGAUUUUAUCCUGUGCAAGUAUGUGACCAACGCUAAACAACUGGAUCGGUACCAUGGUGUUUGGAGAACUCUGCUCGGAAAUGGAGGCCAUCAUUACUCACGUGGUACACAGUCCGGAUCAUUUGGCUCUGGAAGAGCUGAACAAAGCUUCGCAUCUGUUCGACAAAGAAAUAUCGAUAGACUGCACGACAAUAACAAACCAUUGCAUCUGCGCGGAGAACUUCGAGUACUUCCGGAAGCCUGAUCACGUUAUCCAGUGUUUAAAGAAGGGCUCAUGCUUUCAUUGUCAGCGCUACAAGUGCAUGGACCGGAAGUACGACACGGUCACCGCCUCCAGCCGCCUCAUCCACAUCGCCGCUGCCGCCGGCAGGUUUGAAGUGUUGUGGUUCCUACAUCGGGCCGGCUGCAGCCUCGAAACCACUUCCGGGAUAUUCGAACUUCGCCCUCUGCAUUUAGCUAUCAUACAUGGUCAUUUCAACAUAUUCUGUUAUCUUCUUGCACAAAAGGUUGACGUCAAUGCCGUUAUGAAGUCACAUGGGACGUCAUUCUCCCCUUUGAUGCUCGCCGUUAAAUACCACCGGGCUGAUAUGGUGCGCAAUCUUUUGAUGGUCCGCGAAAUAAACCCGUCCUACCGGAACUCACUUCGGCAGUCGUCGGUUCUGUUCGCCGUGCAAAACAACGAUAUUGACCUAGUGAACCUGUUGCUUAGCGCCGAGGACGUGCAUAGCAACAAGCUGAGUGAGACUGACGGACGGUCUAGACACCUUCACCAUCCUUGUGCCAUUUUGGAGACAUUGCAACAAGAUAACGACGUUGUCUUGAAGACGUUACUAGACAACGGAUGUCCGGCUGAAUAUGUGUUCCAAGGAUACUAUUGGCAGACGACAGCUCUCGUAUUGUCGGCCAUUUUGAAUUCCUACAAAUGUUUGGAAAUCCUCGUCGAUUAUGGUGCAAACGUUGACGUAGGCGUUUGCGGAACGGCGCUUCAAUGGGCGCUGCAUUUAGACUGGACCGAAAGCGUUAACGUACUGCGCAACGCGCAGUUUAAACAUAUUCUGUCUGAAUUCGACGACAACGGUAACUCUUUUGAAAGUAAUUCGAUCAAUUCAUCCAUUGACGACAAAAUUAAGGACGAUGAUAACAAUAAUGAAACUGAUUCAGAAAGAUAUGUGUGUGAACUAGAUGAUCCAACGCUUAGUCCACUUAUAUCAAUAUGGAGAUUUGUUCAAUGGAUUAACAUCACAGAGCCUAUUAGACGGCUAGUCGAAAAAGGUUAUGAUGUCAAUGUACAGGAUAAGUUUGGGCGGACUGGUUUACAUUAUGCCGUGGAAGAGCAAAGUGUUUCCGGCGUGCGCGCGCUAUUAUCACUAGGUGCUAACUGUAACAUUCCAGAUGUUUGCGGGGGAACUCCUUUUUGGCACGCCGUGUACUGGAACAAGCUGAGUAUGAUCAAUGAACUCAUAUUUGCAAACGUCGUAAUGGAGUGUAGUGCGCGAGAGUCUGCAUACAAAAUCGGACUUCCUCCAUAUUAUGGAGUUAUAGAACCGACUGCUCAACAAUUGUCAACACUUGGCGUUGCUGUAAAGAAAAACUUCGUUUAUACGGCGCGUCUUCUUUUAGAAUCCGGAUACGACGUGUCGAAUGAAGAUUUAGAUGAAUUAAUGUGCUUAGCCAAACCAGAAGUGAAAAGCAUUUUGCGUCAUUAUUCUAGUCAUGCGCCAUCUUUGUUUGCGUGCGCGCGCAACUUCGUGCGCAAAAGAUGUGCUCGGCGGUUGCACCGAUUAGUUGCGGAGGUGGAGUUGCCCUACCGUGUUCGUGACUGUCUUCUGCUGCGAGACUUAAUACAUCUUAAAGUGGAACCUGCGUUGCUGUGAAAUUGUCUUCAUUGUGCUUUAAAGCUCGAAACGGACAUAAGCCCAACUCACGAUAUGGAUUUUAGAUUGAUUAUUUAUAUUAUGCGUCCACUCCUAAACAACUUCAAAAACAUUCCGUAAAUAAUCAUAAAGCUUAGUACGACAUCUAUGCAUUACCGUUUUACCAGUGCCUUUGAACUAUCGGCCAAUAAACAUGUAUAUGAAGUUUUUAAAGUGUGUCAAGUUUAUUCGUUAUCAUGUUGUGUGCUGUCAUACGUAUAUGCAUUCUUAGACAGUUAUUGCAAACAUGUCUAAUAUAUUGAGUAAAACACAAAAAUAUACACGCGCAUACAGUGAUGCUUAUUUUCAAAUCGAGAUUGUGGAAAUGAACAAGCUAUACUUUUUGUCACAGUUAAAACGUCAGUUUUCCCUUGUUUUCCGACUAAAUAAGUUUAGACGUCGUAGCUAACUUAUAUAAGGACUAUUGUUUUUGGCUCUGAAUAACACAUAGAGAUUAAGGUUGCAUAAUAAACAAUUCUGAAAUUGACCUGGCCGUCUUAUUGUAUUUGAUGCAUGGCGCUGGAACAUUCUCUCGACAACCGCGUUAAUAUUUGAACUAUAACACAAAGCGGUAUCUUUAUUUAUGGCAAUAGACACGCUUCGAGUUUAAGAAACGUUUUUUUAUCUUUCAAUUGACAUUAGUGUUGGAACAAAUAAUUUCAUGGGUUUCCGAAGCAUUUUACGUAAUUGAUUAGUUUUGUGUGUGUGACCCGACAAUAUAUUUCUUAUAAAAAACGUGUAUUUUGCACACUUCUUUCAUUAUUGAGGUCAACAGAAGUACAGUUUCGUCUAUUGCUCUUUUUCGCACAUUUCGGCGAAGUUCUAUUGAAAUCGGACUUUUUUUGGCAUUGGCGUUUGAUAUUUUAGUCAGGUGGUACAUGCGUUGUGUCUAACAUUUUUAUUUAAGAUGGAUUUUCUUUCAUAAACUUUCUAAUAUGAUAAAAUGAUAUGAUAAAAAAUAGUUUUAAAUAUUACGAAUGAAAGGUAUUAUAUAUAUUUUUGUGAACAACAAACCUAAAUAAAUAUAUAAAGAUA